GCCAGCAAAAAUACUAUGAUUGUUCAUAAAGGGAAGCUUCCCGUAACAGUGCAACCCUUAUUAUAUGAGUAGGAAGCCAUCAAAAAUGUCUUCCAGUGGCACUCUCAGUAACUGCUAUGUGGACGCUAUAAUGGGGCAGGAGCCGGAGGAUGUGUACGGUGCUCGCUUUAUUCAGGCUCCACACGCGAUGACCCCGAGGCCGUCAGGUGCUGGGGACAACGCAGACUUUUCCUCGUGUAAUUUUGCACCGAAAUCCGCUGUUUUCUCGCCGUCCUGGUCCUCAGUUCAUCCUCAGGGGAUUUAUCAUCCAUAUGUGCACCACCACCACCACCACCAGUCCCAUCUGCCUGCGUCGGACGGGAGAUACGUUAGCGUCCGACCGUGGAUGGACCCCAUUUCGAACCACGUUUCGUUCGCCGGAUUCCCCUCCAGCAGUCGGUCGUACGGGACAAAGCCAGAGGUCUUGCCAGCUAAAUCUUCAGAUUGUGACACGUUGGAAGCGGAGGCUCGGCCGCUCGCUGGCGAAUUCACGUGUGGAGUAUCGGAGUGUCCAGAAAAAACAACCAAAGAACACAGUGGAAGUGAGCUUUCGAGCCACAGCGAACCCAAAGAGGAAAAACAAAAACUUGACCCAAGUAACCCUGCAGCAAAUUGGAUUCACGCACGCUCGACGAGAAAGAAGCGAUGUCCCUACACAAAAUAUCAGACUUUAGAGCUAGAGAAGGAGUUCCUCUACAACAUGUAUUUGACAAGAGACCGGCGCUAUGAAGUCGCUCGCAUACUCAGUUUAACGGAGAGACAAGUGAAGAUCUGGUUCCAGAACAGGAGGAUGAAAAUGAAGAAGAUGAACAGAGAGAGGAACGGCAAGGAGCAGCUAUAAGUCCGGUGCUGGUGCCGUUUCACACAUUCUGACGUUUGUACCAAGGAAGCCAUGUGAACAAUUAUAAUGAUUUUUGAUAGGAGCCUCCUUAGCCAUUUUAUUUUUUUUAAUCUUAUUAUUAUUAUUUUUUUUAUUU